UCCCCAGAGGUUCUACGGAAAGUUAUGUGCAAUUAAUCUCCAGCAACACCAGGAGAAAGGGUGAAGACACAGGAUGAAGAAUACACUGAAGGAUCUGAAAAAAUACUGGAGGCUUUAUCUACUAACUUUGGUGCUGGGGAUCGGGGGAUCAUUUCAGUAUGGGGUUCAAAUAUCCAUCCUGGCCUCCUCAGAAGAACACAUACAGAGUUUUGUGAACCAGACAUGGCUGUUGAGAUAUGCGGUUCCAGUGGAGGAGUCUACUGAAAAGCUGAUCUGGUCUUCCAUUGUGUCAUUGUUCAGCCUGGGGGGCUGGCUGGGUGCUAUCCAUAGCGGGAGCCUUUCUGUUGUCUACGGCAGGAAAAAAUCCCUACAGAUCAAUAAUGUUGUGGCAAUUGUUGCUGCUUUUCUGAUGAUUCUGACUCCUGUUGUCAAAUCCUUUGAGAUUAUCCUGCUUGGCAGAUUUCUGUAUGGCUACAGUGUAGGUUUAGGUCUUAAUGUGCACCUGAUGUAUCUUGGAGAGAGCUCUCCGAAGAAACUCCGUGGGUUCUUGACCCUCACAAGUUCCAUCUUCAUUGCCUUAGGAAAGAUCAUCAGUCCAGUAAUUGGAAUCAGGGAACUGAUGGGUAGAGACAACAUGUGGCCUUACCUGCUGGCUUUCAGUGGCAUCCCUGCUUUACUGCAGUUCCUGACACUUCUCUAUUUCCCUGAGGCACCUCGAUAUACUUACAUUGACAAGGGAGAUGAGGAGGGCUGCAAGAAAGCUUUAAGAUGGCUCUGGGGCAAUGAUGACAUGAAACUGGAGCUGGAAGAUAUGGCCAAGGAUCGCAGCAGUAUGCAGGGGCAGAAGGCCAAGACAGUUUGUGAUGUUCUGUGCUCACGCUCAGUACGCUGGCAGUUACUUGCUUUGACCAUCCCCUGUUCUGCUGUGCAGUUUUCUGGCAUCACAGCGCUGUACUUCUAUGCAUUUGAUAUAUUUCGUCAAACUGGGGUGCCAGAGGAUCAGAUGCACUACCUGUCCAUUGGGAUUGGUGCCACGGAGCUCGUUUCCAUCAUUCUCUGUUCACUGUUGAUAGACCGUACAGGCCGGAAGAAGCUGAUGGGUUUUGGCUACCUCCUAAUGGGAAUGUUAAUGUCACUGUUGACAGUCACGUUGUAUUUCAAGGAUUAUUACCCCUGGGUCUCAGGCCUUAACAUAAGCCUUGUGUUUUGUGUUAUCUGUGUUUAUGGACUUGGGCCAGCUGGUGUCUCCAUGACCCUCCCAGCUGACCUCUUCCUGCAAGCCUGGCGUCCCUCUGCUUUUGUCAUCAGUGGCACCAUUUGCUGGGUUAGCCAAUUCCUCAUUGGGAUGUGCUUCCCUUACAUAGUGGACAGCUUUGAAGAGUUGUGUUUCCUGAUCUUUGUGGCGUACUGCAUCUUCAGUGGUGCUUUCUUGCUCUACUUCAUCCCAGAGACUAAGGACAAGACCAUGGUGGAGAUUAUGGAGGACUUCAACAAACUCAAUUUCAAGGGCAUGGAAUCCAAUAUUGACAUGAAAGACUUUGUACUUGCAACAAAGCUAUGAGUUAGGUCCAGGCAGACUUGUACCUUGCACUCCACUUUAAAACCUAAGUAUGUAUAAUUUGUGAAAGUUCACUGAUGUCAUAAUAAGCAAAUAAAAGAAGUGCACAGAGAUCUUAUUUCUCUCAAAUUUUGCCCACAAAUUUGUAUAUAUCACUGUUAGCUAGCAUUUCUCCUUUGUCAAGUUAAUCCAUCUCCUGCACAGGUGUGGUAUAUCAAGAUGCAGAGAUGUUCCUUAUGAUGAGGUCAAUGAAAGGCCACCCUAAAAUGUUGAGUUUUUUGUUGUUCAACACCAUGUCACAGAUGCCUCAAGAGUUAAGAGAUCAUUCAAAUUGGCAUGGUAACUGCAGGAAUGUCCGGUAGAGCUGUUGCCAGAGUAAUGGGUGUUCAUUUCUCCACCAUAAGCCGCCUCCAGUUUUGUAAGUUUGUCCAACAGGCCUCACAACCGCAGACCACGUGUAACCACGCCAGCCCAGGACCGUCACAUCAGACUUCUGAAGCCUAGAUAAUGAGCACUACACUACAUACCUGAUUAUCUAUAUCUCUUCAAGCGAUAGAUGGCCUAAUAUAACACUCUUCAUAAAUUUCAUUGAUAUCAGACAAACAGACCGAUUUACGCCUCUAAUUACUCAUUUGUUAAACAAAAGGUGCCUGCAGGGUGAAUGGAGAUCUCCAAAUAAAAUUUAUUUAAAUUAAUUUCA